GGAGUCGGAGUGCUGUUUUUGUUGUUGGUGAAAGGUGAGGGAACAGCUGAUCCGUCUGUGGGGAGGGCACAUAUCUCAAGGGAAAAAUGGAAGACUCAUCAGUAAGCCGAGUACCAUCUCGGGGUGGAGUCAGCUUUCUGAAUGUGGCCCGGACCUACAUCCCCAACACCAAGGUGGAAUGUCACUAUACCCUUCCCCCAGGCACCGUACCCAGUGCCAGCGACUGGAUUGGUAUCUUCAAGGUGGAGGCUGCCUGUGUUCGGGAUUACCACACAUUUGUGUGGUCUUCAGUGCCUGAAAGUGCAACUGAUGGUUCCCCCAUCCAUGCCAGUGUCCAGUUCCAAGCCAGCUACCUGCCCAAACCGGGAGCCCAGCUCUACCAGUUCCGAUAUGUGAACCGCCAGGGCCGGGUGUGUGGGCAGAGCCCCGCUUUCCAGUUCCGAGAGCCAAGGCCCAUGGAUGAACUGGUGACUCUCGAAGAGACUGAUGGUGGCUCUGACAUCCUGCUGGUUGUCCCCAAGGCAACGGUGCUGCAGAACCAGCUGGAUGAGAGCCAGCAAGAGAGGAAUGACUUGAUGCAACUGAAGCUGCAGCUGGAGGGACAGGUCAUGGAGCUGAGGAGCCGAGUGCAGGAGCUGGAGACGGCUCUGGCAACUGCCAGGCGGGAGCACGCAGAGCUGAAAGAGCAGUACAAGGGGCUUUCUCGGUCCCAUGGGGAACUCACAGAGGAGAGGGACAUCUUGAGCCGGCAACAGGGAGACCAUGUGGCACACAUCCUGGAACUGGAAGAUGACAUCCAGACCAUCAGUGAGAAAGUGCUGACAAAGGAGGUGGAACUGGACAGGGUUAGAGACACAGUGAAGGCCCUGACUCGGGAACAAGAGAAGCUCCUUGGGCAACUAAAGGAAGUGCAAGCAGACAAGGAGCAAAGCGAGGCUGAGCUCCAAAUGGCACAACAGGAGAAUCGUCGCUUGAAUUUGGAGCUGCAAGAGGCCAAGGGCUGGCAGGAGGAGCAGGUUGCUCAGACCCAGCGACUAAAAGACAAGUUGGCCCAGAUGAAGGACACCCUAGGCCAGACCCAGCAGCGGGUGGCUGAGCUGGAACCCCUGAAGGAGCAGCUUCGAGGGGCCCAGGAACUUGCAGCCUCAAGCCAGCAGAAAGCUGCCCUUCUUGGGGAGGAGCUGGCCAGCGCAGCAGGAGCCAGGGACCGCACCAUAGCUGAACUACAUCGCAGCCGCCUGGAAGUGGCUGGAGUCAAUGGCAGGCUGGCUGAGCUCAGUCUGCAUUUGAAGGAGGAAAAAAGCCAGUGGAGCAAGGAGCGGGCGGGGAUGUUGCAGAGUGUGGAGGCAGAGAAGGACAAGAUCCUGAAGCUAAGUGCAGAGAUACUUCGGUUGGAAAAGGCAAUUCAGGAGGAGAGGACCCAGAAUCAAGUGCUCAAGACUGAACUGGCCCGGGAAAAGGAUUCUAGCCUGGUGCAGUUGUCAGAGAGUAAGCGGGAGCUGACAGAGCUGCGGUCAGCCCUGCGUGUGCUCCAGAAGGAAAAGGAGCAAUUGCAGGAGGAGAAGCAGGAACUGCUAGAGUACAUGAGAAAGCUGGAGGCCCGCCUUGAGAAGGUCGCAGAUGAGAAGUGGAAUGAGGAUGCCGCCACAGAGGAUGAGGAGGCAGCUGCAGGGCUGAGCUGCCCAGCAGCUCUGACAGACUCAGAGGAUGAGUCCCCAGAAGACAUGAGGCUCCCACCCUAUGGCCUGUGUGAGCGUGGAGACCCAGGCUCCUCUCCUGCUGGGCCACGAGAGGCUUCUUCCCUAGUUGUCAUCAGCCAGCCAGCUCCCAUCGCUCCCCACCUCUCAGGGCCAAUCGAGGACAGUAGCUCUGACUCGGAGGCUGAAGAUGAGAAGUCAGUUCUGAUGGCAGCUGUGCAGAGUGGGGGUGAAGAGGCCAACCUACUGCUUCCUGAACUGGGCAAUGCCUUCUAUGACAUGGCCAGUGGCUUUGCAGUGGGCCCCUUGUCAGAGGCCAGCAGUGGGGGCCCUGCCACACCUCCAUGGAAGGAGUGCCCUAUUUGUAAGGAGCGUUUCCCAGCUGAGAGUGAUAAGGAUGCCCUGGAGGACCACAUGGAUGGACACUUCUUCUUUAGCACCCAGGACCCCUUCACCUUUGAGUGAUCUCACCUCUCCCUAGUACAAACACAAACACACACUUACACACGUACACACACUCACGCACAGGCACACAUUUAGGUCUCAUGCCUCUUCCAUUGGGCUCCAUGAUAUUCUGUGAAGAACCACUCCCAUGUGCCGUGUUUUUUUUUAUCCUCACCCAAGGACAUUUUUUUUUUUCAUUUUUUGUUCAGAUAGAGUGGGAGGGAGAGAGAGAGAGAGAAACAUUGACGUGAAAGGGA